AUGGAACAUUCAAUUUACAGCCACAUAAACUGUGGAAGGGAUUAUCAGGCAAAAGUGAAGAAAUGGGCUGAUCGUGCAAUAACUGACGAAGAACGUGAUGCAAUACCUGACCGUGAUGAGGCCGUUUUCGACUGCAAUGUUAUCGAUCAUUUAGAGGAUUCUGCCGGUAUGCUGCAGUUUCUCGUUGCCUCAGAUAAAGUUGUGAACGCUGCUCAUCAAAGAGUGGUGCUCGCAGUUCAAACUUUUUAUUUGUCCAAAAUAACCGCAUCGUUUCGGCAUUUUUCAUCAUAA